CAGGUGCGCGCGCGGAGCGGAACGGUACGCAGUCGUUUGCCGUGUUUACCGCGUCUCGGGACCCGUGCCGUGCGUUGGACGCGGCGGUGUCGGACGCCGUCGAGCGGGAUCGUCGGGCGCUAAUCGUCAAUUGUUAUGAGAUCGCGGCGACGCGGGAGAUUCGCCGCGCGGCUGUAUCACGCGACACCGGAGCGCCGAUCGGCGUCGAGGAGGCCCGCGGCCUGACGUCGGGAUUCCCGGUCGCUGGCGCCAACCGCGCGUACACGUCCAUCGUCCCGUGCCACUUGGCGUGCGUCGUGCGCGCGCGCGCCCGCGCGCUUGAGAGCGAGGGAGAGGGAGAGAGAGUGAGCGAAGGCGAGAGGGAGGGAGAGAGAGAGAGAGAAAGAGAGCGCGCGCACACACGUCGUCCGCGGUGCCGAUCUUCGCGGCGCGUCGAGAAGGCGGCGGAGGAAGAGAACGAGAGGAAGGAAAAGAAGAGAAUCGGUUUGGGACGCGGGCCGCGCAGUUCGCGCUCGCCGUCGCAAUGCCGCUCCUACGCAGACAGCCGUUCCAACGGCUCCACGUCUCCUCGGACUUCAGGGACGACGACGAGGUCUAUCACUGCGAGGUUACGAACGAGAUAUUCAAGAACUACAAUGAAUUUUGCGAGCGGAUCAUCUUAUGCAACUCCCUCAUAUGGUCGUGCAGUAUCACAGGCAAGACCAAUAUGACAUUUGAGGAAGCUCUGCAGUGCGAGGAAAAUGCGAAGAGGAGCUUGAAAGAAUUUCCAAUGGAGCUGCGGAUUCCUAUACUGUAUCUCGCCAGUAAAACAAACAGGUCUUCUUUCAACGAGAUGAUCGAGGAUGUUUACCAGUUUGCGAGAGACCGCUACUUUGUAGGGGAAAUGGUAGAGGCCAGCUUUACCGAGGACGCCUGGUGCAACUGCCACGUUCUUCAAGUUAUUGUACCCACGGAACAGCAAGUUAAGGCAUAUAUGAACGAAAAUGGCAGAAGUUUACAGGAACAUUAUUAUCAUCCGCCAGCGAAGUUAUUUCGUUACGAGGUAGAGCAAUUAGAUUCUGGUGACUCUGACGUCAGUGAGAUUAUGAUAGUGGAAGCGUCUCAGGUUAGAAGACGAAAGCAGCAUUACAGCAGGGACCGUAACAAGAUAUUUCUUCGUCAACUCUGCGAGCAAAAUGAUAGCGGUAUUUGGGUUGUCAAGGAAAGUGUUUUAGAAAAAUAUGGGAUCAACAAAGUGCGUUUUGAUACAAUAUUUGCCGGAACACUCCCAGAUUUUACAGUGCGUAUGAAAAAGUCGGUCAAGCAGAAGCAAGAGUCUAUGGAUAAGUUUCUCACCUCGAACGUGUCGAAGCAAAAGGCACUGCAGAAAGCGGAUCCUCUGAAAAAAGUGAACGAUCCUGGCGUGGUGAAGAAAUUUCGGAAACCAAGAAUGAAUGGCAAGUACAAAGAGGAGCUUAAAGCGAAGGCUUUGGAGGAGAAGGCGAAGCGUAAAGAAGAAAGGGCGCUAAAAAGUGAGCGCAAGAAGGAGAAGAAACAAAAGCUGGCGGCUUUAGCGGCGUACAUGAAACAGUGGAACAAGCCGAGAGAAGACCUCGAGUGUGAAGAUCUUAGUCCCAUUCCUGAACCUACUGUUAUCAAGUGCAACAUACCGAACGAGAAGUUCGGGGAUUUCGCCAUGAUAUCUGAGUUUCUUGAAUUUUUCAACGAAGAAUUGGAAGUGCCUGUGUACUUUCCGGGAGGCUUUAAUUUGGAAUUAUUGGAGAAGGCACUGUUGACCAAAGAAGCGUCCGGCCCUUGGAGCGAUCUUUUGCAACUGUUGCUGUCGAAUAUAUUUAAGUACCAGGCUGGUGAAGACAAUGAAGUCGAUGCCCAAGCGUCCACUCUGUUGGACGACGUUAGCACUUACGAAGACGCAUCGUCGAUGACGAAAGCUAUUAAGCUCGCUACGUUGGCUUCUAGAUGGUGCCCGGCUUAUCAGGGAUGCAAGUUAUCAGAGCUCACGUUGGAUCACGUAACCCUAAGCGAAAUUUUGAGACAACAUGUAUUGAGCUCUGGAGGACGUAUAAGCGAAGCCGCUUCAAAAUGGCGAUAUUCUCAAAAAGGCGGCUAUACGAAUUUUGAUGAACCAGCACUUCUUUUGAGGGUAAAUGACGGCUGCCUCUUGCGAUUGCUGGGUCACCGAAAUGUCUGCGAGCUCGAUUUAGAUGACAAGAUAAAGAUCGUCACAUGUCUGAUCAAUCAGUUGCUCACAUUCGCAUCGAUACGCGAUGCGAUCGAGGAGCGAUAUGAUAAGUUGCAUCAAGCGAAGAGGGAAUUAAAGUCGUUCUUGCUUGCCGAGCAGAAGAAGGAGAAGGAGGAGAAAGAGAAGAUGCGAGAACGUGAGAAGGAGGGAAAGGUUGAUGAGGAAGAGCCGAAGCCGAAAAAGAUCACGCGUGGUAAUUACGAAGAGGGAAAGAAAAGGGAGGACUAUGAAAAUAAACUGAAGGAACUGCAACAAGCGACGAGGGAUGACAAAAUGAUGAUUUAUUUAGGUGCGGAUAGAGCUCAUCGAAGAUAUUGGAGAUUCAUAUCUAUACCAGGAUUAUUUGUCGAAAAUGACGAACGUUGGCCUGGAAAUUGUCUUCCCGAGGGCACUCCGCAUCAUCCAGAGUUGCAGGACAAGGAAUCAACCUAUGCAUAUCUGAAAACUAAAUUUGAGGACGAGUUCAGUGACAAGGAAAAUAAUUUCAAGAAAUCGAAGAAAUCGCCUAAAAAGCCUCUAUCCUCGGACAAAAAUGGCGUCAAAUCGCCACGGAAAGAACUGAGCCCACGGAAGGAAUUUACACAAAAUCUCACCAAUAUCAAAAAAAGUUUGGUGCUGUGUACGGGAGAAAAGGAUUGUCCCGUCCAUUGCAAGCGAUCACCAGUAAGAUGGAGCUUCUACGGGAAUCAAGCAGAUAUUCAAGCGCUAAUAGAUAGUUUGAGCACACGGGGUGUCAGGGAGAGCGAGCUUAGAAAUAAUCUUUUGCAAGAGAUGGACAAUUUGCUCCUCGUUAUCGACGAAUCUCCUAAGCACAAAUUAAAUCCUGAAGUUUUUUCAGACCCCAGUAAAGGGCAAAUUAAGGCGGUUAAGAAAAAUAAAUAUGAAAACGCGAACUUGAAUUUUCCUUCUGACAUGUCAAUCGACGAUGUCAUGGAGUUGACUUUGAGAGAUCACAUUUUGGACUUCGAAGACAAGAUCAACGCGGGUUGUCUAGGAUGCCUUAAAAUUAUCGAUCGUGUCGUCUGGAGGAGCGCGAUCAACCAGAGAAGUUACGACAAACAGUGUGACAAGUUGAUGUGCGCCGGUAGUGAGAUAGACAUAGAUACACCGCCUAAUGCUCUGAUAGACAAGAUAAAGAAUGAGGCUAAACACAGUAGACCCGGUACUCCGGACUCCGAGGUUGGAAGUAUUAACAUAAAGACUUACAAGGACCCAGGAAUAUACUUGGGUUUACCCGGUGACGACGAAAUGGUGCCCGACCCGAGGCAACAGGCGGCCAUCAAACAGCUAGCUUGUUCCAUCUUGCAGUUGUCACACGCUAUAGAACAGAGAUACCUACAGAGACCACUGGGGCCCGAUCAGAAGGACAAAAAGUGGUCGGGCGAGGAGGCGCGAGAGAGAUGGGAGCAAUCGCUAAUAGCGUCUACGAAUUGGUCCCAGUUGUUCGUUCACUUAAGUACCUUGCACAAUAGCGUCGCGUGGGACAGAAGCGCGCUGAACGCUCAGUGUCGUAUAUGUCGAAGGCGCAGGGACGCGGAGAACAUGUUGCUGUGCGACGGAUGCAACAGGGGACACCAUCUCUAUUGUCUGAAACCGAAACUUACUGCUGUACCACCGGGAGAUUGGUUUUGCACAGCGUGCAGGCCGCCAGAGAUAAAACCCAAAGAAAAGGCUCAAAAGCGGAAAAGAUUCGAGGAUGAGAUCGAGGAGGACACUAUAUUGACCAAAGAGACGCGGCACAAUCGCGCGAAGCGCGUACCACGGAGCGACGACGAGGGCGACCAGGGCGACCAGGAGGAUGAUGAAGACGAUGAGGACAGCGAGGAAGAUAUAAACACACGGCUAGAGAACCUGUGUGUGUCGUGUAAAAGCGGUGGGAGGCUGAUCGCUUGCGACACAUGUCCGAAUCGUUAUCACUUGGAGUGCGUAGAACCGCCAUUGUCGAGGGCUCCUAGAGGGAGAUGGUCUUGCCACAAGUGCAAGGAUAAGAGGAGGAACGCGACGAAAGUGAGGGGGCGCGAGAGGGAAAGAGACAAGGAGAGGCUGUGCGCAGCAGCAGCACGCUCUCGCAUCCAUGGCUUUGCCAAGAGCCUCCUCACUACAGAAUCUACAGACUGGGACGAUAGCAGCGCAUCGGAUGACACUGAACCGAGGCAAACGCGACGUGCGACGAAGAGAGCCGCCGAGAUAGAGUACGGAGACAAGAAUUCGAUUAAGGGAUCUAUGACUAGAUUGCAAGAAUUGCUGACCGACAUCAAGCAUCACAGAGAUUCGUGGCCGUUUUUGUCGCCCGUCACGAAGGACGAGGUUCCAGACUAUCACGAUAUCAUCUCUAAUCCGAUGGACUUUGGCACUAUCAAGUACAAACUUAACAACGGCGACUACGAGACAUUAGAUAAAUUCUUUACCGAUUGUCAGUUAGUCUUUGACAAUUGUGGAUUGUAUAACAAGGAGCACAGCGCUGUAUACAAUUAUGUGUAUAGUGCAGGUAUGCGAUUACGCAAAUACUUUGAGAAACGCUGCAAAGAGUUAGGCUUGAAUUUCGACGAGGCGCUUUUCCAAGAUGAACCCAAAAUCAAGAGGUCGAGAUUGGACAGUAGCGACGUCGAGGAAAACGGCGCGUCAGAGAGCGAGGAUGAGGAAAUUGAGACGCAGAAGAGGAGAUAGGAUGAAAAAGAUUAGCUCUAUAUACAUAUAUAUAUAUAUUUCAUUACGAUGCAUACUCAAGAAAUUUUUAUCUAGAGCCGCUCAUAUUUUAUAUAUUUUGAACUCAGCAUAUAUGUGAAUUCGUAUACCGAUGUUGAGCGGUCGGAAGAUUCUGUAUGCGGAGGUCAAGGCAUUUUGUAAAUUGUAUAUCUUGAUUCUUUCGACAGAGUAAUAUAAAAUUACAUCACGGUCAAUUUACGAAAAAUAUUGCAAUCAAUAAGAACCGAUUCUGCGGAAUCGCCGAUGGGAAUAAAUGACCAAAAAAAAACGUUUUCUCUCCACAGUCGACUUCUUCGAGGCUUGUAAUAAAGACGGUACGCAGUAUUAUUUGCAGGAAUACAAUAUACAUAGCCGCACAUAUACUUUUAGAUGUAUCGUGCACUCGUAGAGCAAAACGACAUAUGUAGCCGAUUAGUUCUAAUCGCUUUGAUCAGUACAAGAAUAGCAUUAUUUUCUUCAUAGGAUGUAAACGAGGAGAGAGAUGCUCGAUAAUAUUCUCGCAUCGUUCAAUUAUUUAUUAUUUUAAUUUUAUUCACGUAAAGCGGUAAUCUUAUAUAUACGCAUUACCGUUAUAAUAUUAAGAAUCGUUAACUGUAUACAUGAUAAGUCGCACUAUAAAUUUUGCUUUACUCGAGAUCGUCUGUACGCGAGCUUUAAUGAUAGAAUACGAGCACAGCUUUCAAAAGAAAAAAAAA